UGUAAUUUUCUGUCGCACCAUGGCUUCAGACUAAUACAUUUAAAACUGACGCUCCACAUUUUCCAUAUACAAAGAUGGCCUCCUCAGCACUCCCCCUUUAGGCGACUAUUGCGAAUCCACUCGGCGCCAGCUUUGGACGUCAUCGCCACGGUCAAAUGCGCUUACUUAACACGUGUUUGAUCGCAGACUGCGCCUUCUCUCUCUGUGUGUGCGAUAAUCUAUUGGUGUUUGGAUCAUCCACGUUUCUUUGUUGCCCUUUACCACUCUUGUCGUUGCACAUUGGGUGUAUCAUGGGCCGCAAAAAUCGUCGCAAUCGCCAAAGACGUACUGAGCAACGAAGUCCUGCGGAGGAAGAGCGGCGCAAAGCUAGAGAACAGGCGGCUUGGGAAGGUGGUUACCCCGAAAUCAUCAAAGAAAACAAAUUAUUUGAACAUUAUUAUCAGGAACUGAAGAUUGUGCCUGAUGGGGAGUGGGACAAGUUCAUGGAUGCUCUCCGGGAACCCCUUCCAGCUACUAUACGAAUCACAGGAUACAAAAGCCAUGCUAAAGAAAUACUGCAUUGUCUGAAGGAGAAAUACUUUAAAGAAUUGCCAGAUAUUGAGGUUGAUGGACAGAAGAUAGAAGCCCCUCAGCCAUUGAGUUGGUACCCUGAAGAGCUUGCUUGGCAUACUAACCUGAGCAGGAAAAUAAUAAGAAAGUCUCCAGAACUGGAAAAGUUUCAUCAAUUUCUUGUCAGCGAAACAGAAUCGGGCAACAUUAGUCGCCAAGAGGCUGUUAGUAUGAUUCCACCAGUCCUUCUGAAUGUUCAGCCACAUCACAAGAUUCUGGAUAUGUGUGCUGCUCCCGGAUCAAAAACAGCCCAAAUAAUUGAAAUGUUGCAUGCAGAUAUGAAUGUACCCUUUCCUGAAGGUUUUGUCAUUGCUAACGAUGUUGACAAUAAGCGCUGUUACUUACUUGUUCAUCAAGCCAAGCGACUAAAUAGUCCAUGCAUUAUGGUAGUAAACCAUGAUGCCUCCAGCAUUCCUAGACUACUCAUAGAGAACAAUGGUUCCAGAGAGGUUUUGUACUAUGACCGAAUACUUUGUGAUGUACCGUGCAGUGGUGAUGGGACUAUGAGGAAAAACAUUGACGUGUGGAAGAAGUGGACAACCUUAAACAGCUUGCAGUUGCAUGGGCUCCAGAUUAGGAUUGCUACUCGUGGGGUUGAACAGUUGGCAGAAGGGGGUCGAAUGGUUUAUUCUACAUGCUCUUUGAAUCCUGUUGAAGAUGAGGCUGUUAUAGUUUCUUUGUUGGACAAAAGUGAAGGUUCCCUGGAGCUUGCUGAUGUGGCUUCAGAACUUCCUGGCUUAAAAUGGAUGCCUGGGAUUACCCAGUGGAGGGUAAUGACAAAAGAAGGGCAGUGGUUUGAAAAAUGGGAGGAUGUUCCCACAAGCAGACAUACUCAGAUUCGCCCAACAAUGUUUCCUUUAAAAGAUGAAGAGAAAUUGAAAUCAAUGAAUCUAAACCGUUGCAUGAGGAUACUACCACAUCAUCAAAACACUGGUGGAUUCUUUGUAGCUGUGUUGAUAAAGAAGGCACCUAUGCCAUGGAACAAACGACAGCCAAAGCUGCAAAGGAGGCCUCCUGUUUCAGUCUGUGAUGCAUCUGUUGCUCCUGAGAUUGUGAAAGCUGUCGCUGAUAUUUCAGCAAUUGCAGAUGAACCUGCUGUAGACGCAGAGAAUGGUGAAACUAAACCUUGUACAAACCAGAGUGGUUCUAGUAAAACUGAUAGUGUUUGCUGCCCACCUCCUUCCAAAAAAAUGAAGUUGUUUGGUUUUAAAGAAGAUCCCUUUGUCUUUCUUUCUGAGGACGAUCCGAUUUUUGAACCAAUCCAGAAAUUCUAUGCACUUGAUCCUUCAUUUCCAAAAAAGAACUUACUGACACGAACACAAGAGGGGAAAAAAAGGCAGUUGUAUAUGGUCUCUAAGGAGCUGAGAAAUGUACUUCUCCAUAACAGUGAGAAGAUGAAGGUAAUAAACACUGGUAUUAAGGUGCUAUGCCGGAACAAUGAUGGGGAACAGUAUGGCUGUGCUUACAGAUUAGCACAAGAGGGCAUAUAUUCUCUAUAUCCAUUCAUCAAUGCAAGAAUCCUAACUGUAUCUGUUGAAGAUAUCAAAGUUCUGCUCACUCAAGAAAAUCCAUUUCUUAGUAAAUUUAGUAAAGAAACACAAAAACAAGCUAAUAAUCUUGAUAUGGGAAGCAUUGUGCUUAAAUAUGAACCUGAUCCACAGCAACCAGAGACUUUGCAGUGCCCCAUUGUUCUUUGUGGCUGGCGUGGGAAAACAUCAAUUCGUUCUUUUGUACCAAAAAACGAGAGGUUGCAUUAUCUAAGAAUGAUGGGAGUAGAAGUAUUCAAGGAGAAAGCAGAAGCCGGUGGAAAAAAGGCAAUAGAGGGCAAGGCCUGCGACGAAGAGCAUAUAGAUGAGAAAAUGGACAUUGACAGCACCAAGGAAGAGUGUAAAGAAUUGCAAGGAAAUGAUAGUGGUGAUGAUGAGGAACCUAAGGAGGCUGGCGUUGACACAGGAGACUUUGAACAUGUAGGACUUAAAAAAACCUCAGCAUGCCCAGAGCUUUCUGUCACAGAUGUAGAUAAGGAUGCCAAUGCGAGCAUGGAGAAAGGGGCAACAGACUGAAUAAUAGUUUUGUUUUUUUUUUACACAGAAUAAAUUUAGUACAGUGGAUUUUUAUUUAAUCAGAGAAAAGUGAUUUGUUAUUUUAAGGGGAAGUAUGGCAUGAGAGUCUUACUUGCCCUUUUAAAGUAGACAUCACCUCUCUAAGUUUAACACUGAGUAAGCCUUUAUGAUCUUGCGCUCUCUCUCUCGCUCUCUACAGCUAUAUAUAUAUAUCAUUUUUUUUAUUAUAUGGGCUAGUUUGUGGCAUCCAUUGUUCAGGAUGCAACAUUAUUGUAAUUCCGGACUUUAUAACUGUUGGUUUCAUUUCCAUUUUGCGAAAUCACCUGAAAAUAUACUGCAAAUUUUAUUUUAAAAUAAAGAUAAAGAUGCAUUGCUUACAAAA